UGUGCGACGUGCGAUAAGGAUGCAACAUCGGAACGUCUCCCACUACUUCUUCUUCACUUCUUUCGCGCUGUACAGUCGCGAGCAUAAAAGUUUGUGACCGUUUUUUUGCAACUUUCGGAACGCAUCUCGACUCGAGAAGAAUGAGAGUCACUGCUCCGCCUGUAGAGCACGCCUGCGCAAUGACUCACGACGAAAGGCGAGAAAUGAAAUAUACGCGGUGGGACAUAUUAUAAUAAUACAGACUCAGAUGAAAUGAAUACUCCAGUAUUAAAUGGAAAUGAGGGAACACAGAACAGACAAGAAUCAUCCGAUCAACAGCCAUCUUCUAUAGCAGAAGCAAUGAUGUUAGAUACAGAAGCAACUGUUAUAGCGAAUUUUGAAUUUUUGGGACAUACAGACAUGGACAUGGAAGAGGAAGAAGGAGAUGGAGACGAUGAAAUUUAUGAUGCAAAUACAGAUACCAAACCAAAUAAAGCAUCUAUCUUCCUUCUAGCGGAAGAUGUUGAUACAGAUGCAGAGGCAGAAGUAUUAAAUGAAUUAAAUUUCCUCACAGAAAUUGAAGAAUCGCCACCUGGUUCUAUCCAUCUGGAAAUGAAUUCUUCAAAGGGUUUAUUACAUAGAGGAUUACAACAAGAUCCAAGACGCCCAAAUAAUAAAGAAGGCCGUGACUCCACGCUGGAAUUCGGAGAAUUACAAUUAUGUGUCAACAAUGAUGCAGAAAUAUCGUACGAUUUUGAUCUCUUCGAACGUUCCGAUAAUCUCUGCAAGCAUCACGGAUGUGAGAAGAUAUCUACAUUGGGCGACUGCUGCUUUUGCGUAAGCGGAUGUUCCGAGCCGAGGUACGAUCACACAAAAUGCUGCAUAGAAAUGGGUCUAGCGUGGAGUCACGGCCUUCUUUAUUAUUUGGGCGUCUUGGAUCUUGUUGUAAUCCUCUAUGUAAUAAACCUACAGGCAUCAUUAGAUUAUGUGAUUAUAUGUGACAAUAUUAUAAAACAUCUAUUAUUGUGGUUGGUUUAUAUUUUAUCUUAAAGUAUACGAAUAAA